GGGAAAGGCUGGGGAGAAGGAAAGGGCUCUGCGAGAGAGGCUACCGCUGUGGCUGGCUGCGUGCCGCCGAUGCUCGGGGCCGGGGAGCGGGGCAGCCGGCGUUCCCAUGGACCUGCCCAGCGGGAUGCUCCUCGCCUGCUCCCUCUGCCUCCUGCCCGGGCUCAGUGAUACCUUCAACAUCGACACCAGGAGACCCAAGAUCAUAGCUGGCUCCAGGGAAGCCUAUUUUGGCUACACGGUGCAGCAGCACGACAUCGGGGGCAAGAAAUGGCUGGUGGUGGGAGCUCCCUACGAAACCAACGGCCAGCAGAAGACAGGAGAUGUCUACAAGUGCCCAGUGACCAGUGACAGCCACAGCAACUGCACCAAGCUCAACCUAGGACGGGUGACACUCUCCAAUGUCUCAGAGAGGAAGGACAACAUGCGCCUGGGCCUCAGCCUGGCGACCAACCCCAGGGACAGCAGCGUUCUGGCCUGCAGCCCUCUCUGGUCCCACGAGUGUGGGAGCUCCUACUACACCACGGGCAUGUGCUCCCGGGUCAACUCCAACUUCAGGUUCUCCAAGACGGUGGCUCCAGCUCUGCAGAGGUGCCAGACCUACAUGGACAUCAUCAUCGUUCUGGAUGGAUCCAACAGCAUCUACCCUUGGGUUGAAGUUCAGCACUUCCUCAUAAACAUCUUGAAGAAGUUUUACAUUGGCCCUGGCCAGAUACAAGUGGGAGUGGUUCAGUAUGGAGAAGAUGUCGUCCACGAGUUUCAUUUAAAUGACUACAGGUCUGUAAAAGAUGUGGUUGCAGCUGCCAGUCACAUCGAGCAGAGAGGAGGAACAGAGACCAGGACAGCCUAUGGGAUAGAGUUUGCUCGCUCCGAGGCGUUCCAGAAGGGUGGCCGCAAAGGGGCAAAGAGAGUCAUGAUUGUCAUCACAGAUGGAGAGUCACACGACAGCCCCGACCUGGAGAAGGUGAUUGAGGACAGCGAGAAGGACAAUGUCACCAGAUACGCCGUGGCGGUACUGGGUUAUUACAACAGAAGAGGGAUCAACCCUGAAGCCUUUUUGAACGAGAUCAAGUUCAUAGCGAGCGACCCGGACGACAAGCACUUCUUUAAUGUCACGGAUGAGGCAGCACUCAAAGACAUUGUGGAUGCCCUGGGGGAAAGGAUAUUUAGCCUGGAAGGUACCAAGAAUGAAAUCUCCUUUGGCCUGGAAAUGUCCCAGACUGGAUUUUCAUCUCAUGUUGUGGAAGAUGGGAUCUUGCUGGGGGCAGUGGGUGCCUACGACUGGAACGGAGCCGUGCUGAAGGAGACCAGCAGUGGGAAGGUCAUUCCCCUGAGGGAAUCUUACCUGCAGGAGUUCCCAGAGGAGCUGAAGAACCACGGCGCCUAUUUAGGUUACACCGUCUCCUCCGUCAUAUCCACCAAGCACGAGCGCAUCUACGUGGCUGGAGCUCCCAGGUUCAACCACACAGGGAAAGUCAUCAUCUUCAGCAUGGACAACAACAGAAACCUCACCAUCCACCAGGCACUGAAGGGAGAGCAGAUUGGUUCCUACUACGGCAGCGAGAUCAACUCCCUGGACGUCAACGGCGACGGCGUCACCGACGUGCUGCUGGUGGGAGCCCCCAUGUACUUCAGUGAGGGCAGGGAGAGGGGCAGGGUCUACGUCUACACCUUGAGGGAGCAGAAUCGCUUCGUUUCCAGCGGAGCCCUCCUGGAGCUGCAGAGCUACCACAACUCCCGCUUCGGCUCCUGCAUCGCGGCCGUGCCCGACCUCAACCAGGACUCCUACAACGACCUUGUCGUAGGGGCACCUUUGGAGGAUGAGCACCAAGGAGCCAUCUACAUCUUCCUUGGCUUUGAAGAGACCAUCCUGAAGAAGUACAAGCAGAGGAUAGCAGCUGCAGAGCUCGCACCAGGCCUGAUGUAUUUUGGGUGCAGCAUCCACGGGCAGCUGGACCUGAACGAGGACGGGCUCGUCGACUUGGCUGUCGGCUCCUUGGGGAACGCCGUGCUGCUGUGGUCCCGCAGCGUGGUCCAGAUCAACGCCAGCAUCCGCUUCGAGCCCCCCAAAAUCAACAUCUUCACCAAGGACUGCAGGAGGAACGGGAAGGAUGCCACCUGCAUGUCGGCCUUCGUCUGCUUCACCGCCGUCUUCCUCUCGGCUCACUUCCAGUCAGCCAGCGUGGCCCUGCGCUACGAGGCCACGCUUGACGAGCGCCGGUACACGGCGCGGGCGCAGCUGGACGAGAGCGGCGAGCGGCACACGCAGAGGGAGCUGCAGCUGCCCGCCGGCCACGAGCGGUGCCACAGCCUCCACUUCCACGUCUUGGACACAGCUGACUACGUGAAGCCGGUGACGUUCUCCAUCGACUACGAGCUGGAGCAGCCUGAGCAGGGGCCCAUGCUGGAUGAUGGCUGGCCCACCUCGCUCAAGGUCUUGGUCCCUUUCUGGAAUGGCUGCAAUGAGGAUGAGCACUGUGUCCCUGAUCUGGUCCUGGAUGCCAGAAGUGAUGUGCCCAGUGCCAUGGAGUUCUGCCGCCGGGCGCUGCGCAGGGCUCCUCCAGCCUGCUCAGCCUUCAGCCUCUCCUUCGACGCCUCCGUCUUCAUCGUCGAGAGCAGCAGGAGGAGGGUGGCUGUGGAAGCUGUGCUGGAGAACCGAGGGGAGAACGCCUACAGCACGGUGCUCAACAUCUCCUUCUCCAGAAACCUCCAGUUUGCCAGUCUGAUCCCCAAGGAUGACACAGACAUCAACAUUGACUGCACAACGGAGGACAAGCACCCCAACAAGAGGGUGUGCAACGUGAGCUACCCCUUCUUCCGAGCCAAGGCCAAGGUGGCUUUUCGCCUGGAUUUUGAAUUCAGCAAGUCCAUUUUCCUUCAAAGCAUGGAGAUCUACCUGAUCACCAACAGUGACAGUGAGGAGAAGGAGAGCACCAAAGAGGACAACUUUGCCCACCUGAACUUCCCCCUCAAGUAUGAAGCUGACCUGCUCUUCACCAGGGCAUCCAGCCUGGACUACUACGAAAUCAGGUCCAACAGCUCCCUGGAGAGAUACGGCAGCAUCGGGCCUCCCUUCCACUGCACCUUCAGGCUGCAGAACCUGGGCUUCUUCCCUGUGGAGGGGGUGACCAUCAAGCUCACGGUGCCCGUGGCCACCCGGGCGGGCAACCGGCUGCUGCUCCUGACAAACUUCGUGGUGGAUCAGCUUCUCCCACAGGAGAACACAACCUGCACCAUGUGGGGAAACAGCACCGACUACCGGCACAGCCCCACAGCUGAGGACCUGCACCGCACCCCCCACCUGAACCACAGCAACUCUGAUGUCAUUUCCAUCAACUGCAAUGUGAAAUUAGCCCCCAGCCAGGAGAUGAACUUGCACUUGCAUGGCAACCUGUGGAUGAAGUCUCUGAAAGCACUGAAGUUCAAGUCACUGAAGCUCAUCACCAAGGCCGCUCUGCAGCGCCGCUUCGGGAGCCCCGUCGUGUUCCGUGAGGAGGACCCCAGCCGUCAGAUAACAUUUGAAAUCUCCAAAGCAGAGGAGUCGCAGAUCCCCAUCUGGAUCAUCCUGGGGAGCACCUUAGGAGGGCUCCUGCUCCUGGCCCUGCUCAUCCUCGUGCUCUGGAAGCUUGGAUUCUUCCAGAGCGGGAGCCGGCAGCACAGGGCCGAGCGGGAGCAGAGCAGCCCAGGGCCUGAGUGAUGCUGCAGGGGGCUGCCAGGUGUGCCCACCCCCCUGCCCCCUCCCAGCAGGGGCUGCCAGGUCUACCCACUCCCCCUGCCCCAUCCCAGCAGGGACUGCCAGGUCUACCCACUUCCCCUGCCCCCUCCCAGCAGGGGCUGCCAGGUCUACCCACCCCCCCCCGCCCCCUCCCAGCAGGGGCUGCCAGGUCUACCCACCCCCUCUACCCCUGCCAGCCCCUCGUUGGAGACAGAGCACAGCUUCAACCUCUGAGGGAUGUGGGUGCUCAGCUGGGGGUUGGUUUGCAUCCAACCAUCCCCUUUGUGUGAAACCACUUAAAGGACCAACCCAAAAGCCAAAACCCUCCAGGUCCCAAAGCAAUCCCCCACCCCCUGCUCGUGGCUCCAAAGCAAUGUGGGGAGGGGGAAGCUGCAAAAAACAUCCUUAAAGAAAUCAUAUCCUUUAAAAACAAACCAACCUGAGGCUUGUCCAUUCCUGGGGAUGGGCUGUGGCAAACCCCGGGGCUUUGCUGGCCAUGGCUCUCAGACCUCCUGGCUGUGGUGAACCCUGGGGGGCAAUUUGGGUGGAGAUUUUCUUCCUUUGCCUCCUUCUUAAUGCACUGAACACAACUGAGAAGCCAAGGAAAGCACCUUAAUGCAAAUCUCCAGCAUCCAGCUGUACAUACUUACUCUAGAAGCUAUUUACCCAUUCAAGCAAAGGAGGAGAGAAAAAAGAACCCAAGACCAAAGCAGGAACAUAAAAGGCAAACCCAAAGAGCCCACUCCCCCCCAGCCUGGAGUGUUUGGUACCAGCUGAGCAGCUGGGGAGAGUGCCACAGCGUGUGCUGGCUGGGAGGGUGCAGAGCAUUGCUGCUGGCUGACAAACAGCUGCCUUUGGAUGCAUAACAGGAUUAUUUAUGCUGAUGUUAAUGUUAUGGAUGAGAAGGAAGCAUAUGGAUGGCCUCGGGGUGUGUAAUGAAGUUGGGUCAAGUACUGUCCUAGGAGUUUUUUAAGGGUUAAAAAUAUA